UACGUCAUAUGCAUACCGACGCGUCCGCCAAUCCAGAUAAAUGCCACCCUACGAAAGGCAAGUUAUAUACAGUGCCAGCGCGCGGAAAGGGAUUUCUCCAAACCGCCACUUUCGCCACUUAUUCGACGUUUGUCCUUCACAUAUGUAACUAUUAUGUCCGAACUGCAGAUUCCGCUCGACACCUCCAAUCUCUUCGACUUCCCAGAAAACUUUCCAUCCUAUGAUGUCCAUCAUGAUCAACCGAUUGACCAUCAUCUGUUUAGUAGUGUUGGGGAUUUCAAUGUUAACGCACCGGCUCUAAAUGAUCCAGAUGUCACAUUUACCUUGGCCAACCAGAUGACUUCCCACUCAUAUAUAUACGACAAUCCGCAAGCUCCUCCCUUCUUACCAAAACACGGCACCUCUGCCACCAACUACGAUUCAUAUCUUCCUUUGACUGGUCAUCCUGCAACUCAAUCAUAUGAAACAUAUUUACCCCCACAACCGGUUCUCGUUUCUACUCCCAAGUCGUUGAGCGACCCCAUUGACUUUGGCGACUUCGACUACAAAGGGUGGCUUGCCGAACAGGGAAUCAUUGGAUGGUCCACAUUCACAAGAAAUGGUGACAUAGGCCCAAAUCGCAUCUGCCAUUUCAACCCUUCCGGACGUCUGAUCGGCUCUCCCAAACACAGGGCCAUCCAUCGCUAUCAUCCGUAUGCUCGCCCUCAGUGUAAAAAGCGGCCUGGUGAGAGCAGCCUUUUCCGCACAGGAUUUAAAACGACUUAUUUGGCGUCUCCGUAAGUGAUGUUUUCACGUCAACCUCACUUUGACUCCAAGUCUCCAUACUCUAACCUGCAGAUCUCCGUCUCCUGAGCCAUGCCCCCCUGGAUUCCAUCAAGUCUCAUUUCCGUACCGCCAGCGCAAGCGGAUCGUCAAAGCAUAUGGCGUCUCGGCUAACGGCCCAUUCUGCUACAAACGGAAUGUCGACGCGGACGUCCACGACUGCCCUUUCGCGUGUGGGCAAAAAUUCGU